AUGAACAACACCGCGCACGGCCGAGCAGGGAUGCUUCCUUGGUCGUCGGCCCGCCCUGCAGGUGCCGCGGCCUUGACGGCGCCGCAGCUGAGGCAGAUGAGGGCGCAGUGCCUCGUCUUCCUCGCCUUCAAGAACCAGAUGGAGCCCAGGAAGCGGCACCUCGAGGUCGCGCUCGGUGAGGAUGAGAUCGACGGAGCCGGCUGCCACGGCGAGACGACGACGACGACGAGCUCGCCUUCUCAAGCCUCGUCGUCCUCUGCCGCACCGUUGCUGCUGCCGCACCUCCUGCCCGUCUCCUCGCUGCGGCUGUCCCCGCCCGUGACGGAGCAGGAGCAGGAGCAGGAGCAGGAGCAGGAGCAGGAGAAUCGCCACCGCAACGACCACCCGGAAGCAGAACAUGAGUAA